GAGGGAUUAGAGCUGAAUUAAGAGACGAAAACUUGGGAAAGUUCUAACAUUACAGUGAGGUUGACACUCUGUCGGUAAGUGGAUGGAUUGGUUGGUUUUCUUUUUUUCGUAGGUAUGGCAAUUCGAUGGAUCCAUAUGUGGACGUCCUUAAAUUUGGAUAAAACGAUAAGCUAUGUGUUAUUUCAGUUUCAUGCCCAACUCCCGAACAAAUCAACAAAUCACUCCGGAAAUAUUAAUUCUCAAAAAAUCUGCAUUCAUUCAGUUUUACGUGGUCCAAAAUUCACAGUUGAUCGAAAUUCACAAAUCAGCUUUGUCGGGUGCAUAAUGUAACCCUAAUUACCCAUUCUUACAUCAAAGUUAAGUAAGAGUUGAGAUGUAAUGGCCUACCGGGAACCAUUAUAAAAAGGGCCCUUCCUGCACCCACUUUAUUCAUCCUCUCAAAGCAACCAAAAUCAUACAUUAAAGAGAGUUAUUCAAAAGGAGCUCAUCCGGCAAGCACAAAAAGAAAUGGCUUCAAUGAGCGCUGCUGUUGCCACCAUGGCCGGAGCUAGCAUUGCUGCUCCUUUCACCGGUCUCAAGUCGGCUGCCGCUUUCCCCGUCACCAAGAAAUCAGUCGACAUUACUUCCAUUGCCAGCAACGGUGGCAGAGUUUCCUGCAUGAAGGUGUGGCCCCCAGUUGGCAAGAAGAAGUACGAGACUCUGUCUUACCUCCCUGAUCUGACUGAGGAGCAAUUGUUGAAGGAAGUUGAAUACCUUCUCCGCAGUGGAUGGGUUCCUUGCAUUGAAUUCGAGUUGGACGUGAGUUUUCUUGGUUAAAAUUAUAGUUCUUAAAUGUUUUCAGUAAUUUAAGAAUGCAAAUUGGGUACCAAUUCCGGUGGGUUUUGCAGGAUGGAUUCGUCCGCCGUGAGAACAACAGGUCUCCCGGAUACUACGACGGACGCUACUGGACCAUGUGGAAAUUGCCCAUGUUUGG